AUGCUUAUCGACAAGCAUAUUGUUCGACACGGCGUAGUCCCCAAGCUCUCCCACGUUAAGAUUCGCGAGCUUUAUGAUGAUCUAGGCUGCACCGGCGAUGCUCAUGAGAAGUACACCUUUCACAAAAUCGAGGAUGCCGUGAAGCGCCGUGCCGGAAAGUUUCGGAAGAAACCCUACACCCCGCAUGAGGAGAUUGUCGUCGUGGACGAGGAUGAUGGAGGUCCAAAGGACUCUAUCUGGAAGUAUCCCAAGUGGAUGCAGGCGUGGUUGAAGCCCGACUGGAUCGGAGACGACACUCCGCCCGCUCCUCCCGCUGCGAAAUCCGCCACUCUCGCCAGUGCCAAGUCUGCCAAAUCCAUCACUGCUGUAGUUGCCAGUGAUGUUGCUACUUCGUCUGCACCAGUCACUGGUCAGAACAAAAAUACUUCUCCUUCUCUACCUCUUUCGUUCCUCCAGCGAUGCGACGAACCGACGCCUCUCAGAUCGAACCAGACUUGGACCCCUACCGCCCGAGCCGAAGCUAUACUUGGUCGCGAAGCGAGAUUGCCGCCGCAGCAGGGGUUUCCGAGCGCGAACUUUGGACCGGACGUCAACAUCGAUAUGGACAUUGACAUGGAAGAUGCACCCGAUACCAGUACCUUCAUUCAACCGCGUGUUGGCCCAGUGAGACUUCCCUCGCCUCCACUGGAGACGGACGCAUUGCCAUCAUCCAACCCCUUCUUGACUCAACUUUCCGACGACACUGGUGUCAGAGCCGCAGCCGCAGACCGGGACCGGGACACCUUGCUUCAACUCAAUCCCUUCACGACUCGAAUUUCCAAUAGAGCUGAUGGCAGAGCCUUAGUCCAAGGAAGGGAUGCAUUGUCGCAAGUCAAUCCCUUGUCGAUCCGACUUCCCGACAAUACCGGCGCCAAAGUCAUUUUCCAAGACCGGGAUACAGUACCGUUUUCUAACCCCUUCUCAAGUCUACUCCCUGAAAACAACACUGCCAAAGCCACAGUCCGAGACUGGAACCAUCAGCAGAAGCAACCCAAGGCUGGCGAUAUACCCGCACGACUCACGAACCAGACUCGGAACAGCACGAACCCAAAUCGGGACCCGCCUCCUUCUCCGCCUCAUACCCCCUCCAAGUCAGCCUCCAAGUUGGACCGUGAUGCGACACACUUGGAAAACGUCUACAAGCCUGCCUUGGAAACUGAAGCAACAAGGCUAACAGCAUUACGAACCAUUCGUUCUCGUCCUGCUGUACCAUUUCUUCCACCCUCGGCUUUGGUGUCGGAGCUGCCGUCGUCGUCGUCACCACCGACUGCAUUGGCCACAACAAGGGCGACAGCAUUCCAGAGUACCCGUCCCCGUCCCCGUCCUGCUGCAUUGUUACCUUCAGCCCCAGCUUCAGGGUCGUUGUCGACCUCGCCGCUGCGGCCGUCAUCAUCCUUUGCCAAGCUCAAGCUCAGGAGUGCCGCAGUCCUACGUAUCCAAGAAGAGGUUUUUGACGCGCGCAUAGCGAGCUCCCUCUCCGGUACACCCGUCGUCUCUCGAGAGAGUCGGGAGCGUGCUCGCAUCAAUCUGGCCCAAGCACUUACGGAUCUAGCCGAAGUCGAGGCGGAGGUGGACAGCAUUCUUACCGAGGGACGUCGUCACUACUGGGGUUCGGACUUGGGUAUGGUGAUACCGAGGAUUUCGGACGGUAUUCUCUCAUUGUACCUGCGCAGAUCUGUCUGUCCUCCAUUUGUCUAG